AUGCCCGCUGUCGAGCCAGACAAUCCGGUACCUGAUGACCCCGUGCCCGCUGUCGUGCCAAUUGACUCAGAGCCCACUGUCGUGCCUGAUGACGCGGUUCCCGCUGUUGAGCCAAAUGACCUGAUGCCUGGUGACUCGAUGCCCGCUGUCCAGCCAGACGAUCCAAUGUCUGACCCAGUGCCCGCGGUCAUACCAGUUGACUCGGAGCCCACUGCCUUGCCAGAUGACGCGGUGCCCGCUGUCGAGCCAAAUGACCUGAUGCCUGGUGACCCGAUGCCCGCUGUCCAGCCAGACGAUCCAAUGUCUGACCCAGUGCCAGCGGUCAUGCCAAUUGACUCAGAGCCCGCUGUCGUACCUGGUGACUCGGUGCCCACUGCCUUGCCAGAUGACGCGAUGACGCGGUGCCCGCUGUCGAGCCAAAUGACCUGAUGCCUGGUGACCCGAUGCCCGCUGUCCAGCCAGACGAUCCAAUGUCUGACCCAGUGCCCGCGGUCAUACCAGUUGACUCGGAGCCCACUGCCUUGCCAGAUGACGCGGUGCCCGCUGUCGAGCCAAAUGACCUGAUGCCUGGUGACCCGAUGCCCGCUGUCCAGCCAGACGAUCCAAUGUCUGACCCAGUGCCAGCGGUCAUGCCAGUUGACUCGGAGCCCACUGUCGUGCCUGGUGACUCGGGGCCUGCC